GGCGGGGGGGGGGCGGGGGCGGGGGGGGGCGGGGGGCGGCGGCGGGUUUCGGGGGGGGGCGGCGGGGGGGGCGGGGGGGGGGGGCGGGGGGGGCCCGGGGGCGGGGGGCGGGGCGGCGGGCGGGGCGCGGGGCGGGGGGGCGGCGGGCGGGGGGCGGGGGCGGGGGCGGGCGGCGGCGGCGCGGGCGGGGGCGCGGCGGGCGGGGCGGGGGCGGCUGCGGGGGGCGGGGCCAUUUGCCCUUGCGCGCUGCCCGCGCUUGUGCGCGCGCGCCUUUUGCCGCGCCGGCCACCGCCUUGA